AUAAAUUAAGAAUUGUGAACAGAAUUAUCCAAACAUAAACUAAUACCCAGCCCAACUAUAAACUAAUCAGCCCAAUAACUAACAUGUUACGGAGUAAGUUAUUAGCUAGUUGAAAGCUAUCACUCCGUCUUAGGUUAGGCACUGUGAAGGCCCAGCGGUGCGGCGUUCCUUCUGCCUUGUUUCGUUCAUCUUCUCCUCGUCGCCACUCUUCUCUGAGGAAAAGAGACAUGAAGUUCAUCGCCGCAUACUUGUUAGCUGUGCUCGGAGGAAAAGCCAGCCCUUCCGCCGGUGACAUCAAGAAAAUCCUUUCUUCUGUUUGCGCCGAGGCCGAUGACAGUAGGCUUGAGUUGCUCUUGUCUCAAGUUGAAGGGAAAGAUAUCACUGAGUUGAUUGCAGCUGGAAGGGAGAAAUUAGCUUCUGUACCAAGCGGUGGUGGUGAUGGUGCUGGUGCUGUGGCAGCUGUUGCUGCUGCACCUUCUAGUGGCGGUGGGGCUGCCCCAGCUGCUGAAGAGAAGAAAAAGGAAGAGAAGGUUGAAGAGGAUACCGACGAGGAGAUGUGCUUUGAUCUUUUUGGAGGAGAUGAUUAGAGUUGUUAUACUUCUAUAUGUUUUUUUGGAUAAUACUAUCAAGUUUUAGCUGCUCAAUCAGCCUCCUAGUUGUGCUUUGGCAGAGAUCACAAGAGAAGCGACUUCCUUUCCAGUAUAUUCAUACGUACUAGUUACUACUCGUACGUAUUAGAUUUCAGAUCUUGCACUUAUGCUUAUGCUCUAGCUGCAUCUCCAUGUUGCGAUUGCCUAUUUUAUCCCUCAACUUUUCUUCCAUGCUAAAACUAAAGAUUAUUUAGCCAAGAUAGCAGUACAGAGAAGACGAUUGAUGCAACGACAGAAUUGAGAAUAUAGAAGCGUAUAAACUAUAAAGAAAGGAUCAGAAGAGAAAGAGAAUACUGGUAAUAAGAACAUGAGUCGAUUCAAUGAGAUUUCCUAGCUGUAAAUGAAGUACACAUGGCAUAUAUUUAGUGGACCGGUACGGUACCUUCAAAUUUGUCAAAGGUACUGGAAUAAUCGCCUUUUUUUAAAACUAGUCUUCGCAUUUCCUUUGUUCUGCGGUAUUGGGUUUUAAAUUGGCCUAGAGUGAAGCUAUUAUUGUAUUCUUGAAUGAAUGAUGAGAAAGGUCAAAGGUGAGCUAAAUACUA